GUGCCCUGCAUGGUAAGAGGACACCCCCAGCACAGCUCGUCUACAGAUUGGCCAAGACUCCUGGAAUGUCCAAGAGAGGCUCCGCCGGGGGUUGGGCUCGCUGGAGGUUGUCAGUGCUCUUUAGGACCUCAGGGAAACCCGAGAGUUUCUGGCUUUAGGACCCAGGAACUCAAUGGCUGCUUAGCUUGAGAUGCCUUGGACCACAGCACCACCUACUUAUAGAAGCAUCCUGAGCCUCAGCCCAGCUGCAUCUCCAUCGGAGAGUGCGCUUGCUCCAUCCCCACCUCCCAGGAGCUUUCUGUCCCUUUACAGCCGGAGACGGGGAGAAGCCUUAGCUGCCAAGUGACUGUGCAGAGAGCCCGGGAAGCCGCACCAUUGGGUAGGGAGCCGGGAGCGAGAGCGGGCGUGACCCUGACCGGAGGUUUCCCCUCUCAGGCAGGGACGCAGCAUCCCACGGGCUCCUGGGCCAAAGGACCUGGGUGAGCCUGUACCCCACGGCGCCCCCACCACCACCAAGCCCCGGAACCCACCUCCCUGGUGCAAACUUUCCCCGAGUCCAGGUGCUCGCGGGGCGGCUCGCUCCCCGAGCCUGGGAUGGAGCGCCGCGAAUAGGCACGGUUCAAGUUGGUGAGAUGCUGAUUGCACUGAACUGACCUGUGAGACACCCCCGCCCACUCGCCACUCCGGACUCCUGCAGCCCCUCUCAGGCCACCUCCAGCGUCCGCGUAGGCUCCUCGGGGUGAGCCCUCCAGUUGUUCCCCGACUUUUGAGAGGCGUCUUUUUCCAACCCAACCGCCCAGAUGCAGUUUCGCCUCGUCUCCUUUGCCCUCAUCAUCCUCAACUGUAUGGAUUACAGCCACUGCCAGGGCAACCGGUGGAAACGCAGUAAGCGAGCAAGUUAUGUAUCAAAUCCUAUUUGCAAAGGUUGUUUGUCAUGCUCAAAGGACAAUGGCUGCAGCAGGUGUCAACAAAAGUUGUUCUUCUUUCUUCGAAGAGAAGGCAUGAGACAGUAUGGGGAGUGCUUGCAUUCCUGCCCAUCAGGGUACUAUGGACACCGAGCCCCGGAUAUGAACAGAUGUGCAAGGUGCAGGAUAGAAAACUGUGAUUCUUGCUUUAGCAAAGACUUUUGUACCAAGUGCAAAAUAGGCUUUUAUUUGCAUAAAGGCCGCUGCUUUGAUGAAUGUCCAGAUGGUUUUGCACCAUUAGAUGAGACCAUGGAAUGUGUGGGAUGUGAAGUUGGUCAUUGGAGUGAAUGGGGAACUUGCAUCAGAAACAACCGCACAUGUGGAUUUAAGUGGGGUCUAGAAACCAGAACAAGGCAAAUUGUCAAAAAGCCAGCAAAAGAUACAAUACCAUGCCCAACCAUUGCAGAAUCCAGGCGAUGUAAGAUGGCCAUGCGGCACUGCCCAGGAGGGAAGAGAGCACCAAAGGCAAAGGAGAAGAAGAACAAAAAGAAGAAGAGGAAGCUGAUAGAAAGAGUCCAGGAGCAACACAGUGUCUUCCUAGCAACAGACAGAGUGAACCAGUAAAAGAAAAGACAUUCAGGGUGGAUUUGGGGGAGGGGGUUGUUUUUUGCAAAAGUGCACAAAGCUACUCUCCACUCAUGGACACUGGUGUGUUUAUGCUGCUCUGACCAGCAUCUGUUCCCAGUAACAUUGUGAAAGGAGAAGCCGCGAGUGUGGUCUCUUGAGUUCUUCAUGCUUUGAUUUGCGUCUGGAGACUGAAGGCAGGAGCUUGUGACCUGAAUCAAUGAAAGCAGGAGUGAGUGUGCAAGCAUGUGACUUGGCUUGGUGGGAGCAGAGAUUUAUCCUUGGCGUCACGGCAAGUCAAGAGGUGGAGGAUCACAGACCACCAAUGGAGAAUGGACAUGUGCAUAUUUUCUGUGAAAGGAGACUCCCGACAGGCAAAGUGCGAUUUCACUUGUGACCUUUUUUUCUUGCGUUGUGCAUUUUCAAGGAUAAAUGUAUGUGGAUAUUUGUGUUACCACACGUGGUUCUCAGCAUCUGUUACCUUCCAGCUCUUGUGGGGUGAAGCUGCUCUUAGCUGGGGAUUUGCUAUAGGAGUUCCUGCUUCAUUUCACAGCAGUUCAAAUAAUGUACAUAGUUGGCUAGGGGGCUACAUAUAACCCUCUCUAUGGUGUAUUUAUGCUUUCUGACAUGUAACAAGUCAUACCUGAUUAAUAUGAUGUCACUUUGUCCUUAGAGAUUCCUAAACAUUAACUGGUAAAUGACUGUUCUAGUUUUGAGAUAGACAGAUGUUUGGUCCUCCCCUCCACCUCCGCACCCCGUAAACUUUUCUUUGUGGGCUUAUUUCUCAUUGUAAAGAUAAGAUAGCUAGUUUGUACAUAGUGUCAAAGACUUUAAAUAUUGAUAGACUUCCUCACUCCAUGUCUCUCACACAGGCAAAGCAGCAUGUGGCAACCAGAAGCCAAAAACUCCCUUUAAUUUUGGGAUGUGAUAACCUUAUGCAAUACAACUGACAACAGGAAGAAUUAACUACUUGUAGUACUUGUGCAGUUUCACAGGCCAGCUAGAGAGUUUUUCACACAAUUUCAGACGUAUAUAUUACAUAGAAACUGUAUGUAUAUAUUUGCUCAUAUAUACAUACCAAGAUGCAUAUAUAUAUAUAUAUAAGCCAUUUAAAUCAGCCCUUGACUUGCAGUGACAAGAAAACUACCAGCUUUCUCAGGCCACCAUUUAAGAUAAUAUCAUGAGAACCCUUCUCACACAGAAUUUGAGAAAAAGUAUAAAUUCCUACAGUUGCUGGUCAGAUUUUAAUAGGUCUCCAUUAUUCAGAAUCUUUUUUUUCCCCCUCCAUAAUCCAAACAGAUAGAGGCACUGUAGAGAUUUCCCCAGAGAAAUUGUUUCAAAGACAUUACUGUCCACUGGGGAGAAUUGGGUUUUAGAAAGUUAUGAAUUGGCUGCAGCUUCUAUAGUCAUUGUCAUCUUCUUAGCUAAUCGAGGAGAAAAUUAGAACAAAAAAGACAUGACUGCAGAUUUUUGAGGAAAUAAUCCGAGCAAGGUAAAGCCUUUUUUCUCACCUUGCCUUAGCCAAACUACCUCUUCAGCAAUUUAACUUGUGAGUCAAAAGCAUCUUCCCAGUAGAUAGGACAUAUAUAUUACGAAAAUAUUAUUCCUGUGAGACAAUAAGCCAUAUAUGAAUGUUGUAUACAACUUUAGGAUUUGCAUUUUAUUCUAAAGUGUUUGACUCUUUCCAGGUCUAGUUACACUAUAUUCCUAUUUACUAAGUAGGGAUGGGUUGCCUUUAUAUAGUGCUUCAUUAGGAAUAACUCUGUAUCUGUUCUCUUUCUGGGGGUAUCCUUUUUUUGUGCAUUAAAAAACUUCAAAGUGA